AAUUUUUCCAAGCUUUGGUUAAUGAAAUACUUAAUUGUGCAAUUUCAUAGUCAGUAAAAUCAUUUCCGGGCUGAGUAAAAAGGCUGUGUUAACUGUACGUUGUUAGAUCUCUUUGUUGACUCAUGGUGCCAAUCUCUCACGUCCGUCUUACAGAUAGUGGAUCACUGACUUUACAAAGGAGAGCUUCCACUAAGUGAGACUAAUUUCUACUUGAAGUUCAGUAAGCAAAAUUAAAAAAAAAACCGUGACAAAUGUAGAGAACAUGGCUACUGCUUUACUGGAGUGCGAAGUUUGUGACGAGGCCUACGACUCGGGCAACCACAAGCCGCUUUGCCUGACGUGCGGCCACACGUUUUGCUUCUCCUGCAUUACGAGUUUACUAGGAGUGCCUGAAACCCAAAAUUGCCCAAAAUGCAGGGGACAAAUUUCCCAGCGCGCGGAUCAAAUGUUGGUCAACUAUGCAUUGAUUCCUUCCGAAGUAAAGGCUCGUCUAAAUCCUUUGUGCUUACUGUCAGCAAAACCGUGCAAUCAUCAAGGGAAGGCACAGGAUUACCUGUGCGCGGACUGCAUGGAACUCGUAUGCUUCACGUGUACCCGCGGCACGCACGCCACGCACAAAAUUGAGACGAUAGACGACCUGCUUCAGGAAGAAGUAGGACUUGCGGACUCGUGGGCAAAACUGCGGAUCACAAUGAAGGACAAACUUGAAAGCGUGAAUAGUUUCGUCUCCGUUUCUGAGGAACUUUUAAGCUUGAUUGAUGAAAUCCUCAACCUCAAGACAGAUUUUAAGGAAUGGAAGGAUGAGUUGCUGGCCCAGAAAGCGUCAGCAGAGCGAGAUCUCGAGGUGUGGGGAGAUGAGACAAGAGUAACGGAUGAGAACACGAGACAAAAAUUAAAGGAAUUGAUCAGUCGCCUAAAAUUGAAACCAGAAGGGAAUAAAAAGAUACAAGAAAUCAAGGCGAGGUUGAAUGCAGCCAGCACGAAAUGUACUUCAUUAGAGUUACCAACGUGUGAGCUCAUGCUGCAAGGGGCAGCUUGGACAAUCACCAAUUCCGAUGAAGGAGAGCGAGCCCUCGUUAGCCUGGUCAACAACAGGAAGCCCAGUAGCCUCGUGGUGCUGUCCACCCACACCCGCCCCAUCCCGGGGCUGGGGGAGCUGCUGUCCAUCCACACCCGCCCCAUCCCGGGGCUGGGGGAGCUGCUGUCCCGCCUCGCCGCCCACCACACCGGCGACAUCAGCCUGCUGCCCCUGGAUUACUUCUGGAGGCCCGCAGGACAGUCGGAUGGAGACAUGGGAGCCAUCAUCAGCAAGUCAGGUCGCUGGCUCAACGCCGUGUAUGGAUCGCCUGAUGAAGUCCUCGCUUACCUGAAGAUCCGACGUCGAGAGCCCAGAAACUUCAGCGUUCGUCUUGCCAGCAAAGAGGACCUCGAUAGCUGUGUUGACUUGAAGCCAUCUUUCGUUAAUGUCUGUUGCGUCAAAGGAGCCCCGAGCGACGUUGGCACGACCUUAAAUGCCCUCGGCUGUGCGGUCACCCGCUGGCACUUCCCUGACCUGAGAGACGAGGACGUGGACUGGGCGUCGUCCAUCCUGUCGCCCUUCAGCAAGAUAAUCAGGCCAGCUGACCAGUACAAUGGGCCUGUCUUUUCUAAGGUGGAUCUGGUCCUGCCGAGGGACGGCCUUACAGAUAAAGGCGCUCGCCAGCUACUGAGGAAGGUACCAUAUAUUCGAAUGCUGUUCCACGAACCUAACUCAGCUCACCUGACAUCAGCUUGUGGGGAUAUUCAACCUGGUUCUCAACGUACCGAAAUGUCAUUCACCAAUAUUUACCAAUGGAUAUGAAAUGUUGCGUCAAAGUGAGCAUCAGACUAAGAGAGCUUACCACCAUACGAACCACUUUUUCCAUGUGCUGCAUUGUAACGAAUUUAUUAAAAUUAGUAGUAUCCCAUUUAAAGGAAUAGUGUUAACAGCGUAGAGUUAAUCAUUCAUGUAUCUUGAAACUUGUGAACGGGCAUAACAUAAUUUGGAGUAGAGAACUCAAAAAGAGAUAAAUCAAUUGCACUUCAUUUGGUUUGAUUUUUACUUAGAAGACCAGCGUUAGUCUUUCAAAUGAAAUGCUCCCUACAGCGCAAAGUUUUAGGGUACGUGAGUUACAAGUUAGUUUCAGUGUUACUACCUACUGCUAUACUAAUAUCGUGGUAAUAUUUGCAGUGAAAUUAGAAUUGUCUACUGAAGGUUAUAGAUGAAUUUGUAUUAACAUUUUAUGUAUUUCAUUUGACAUUUGUUCCCGUUUGAUUUUUUGUUGAUGUUGAGCUCGAUAAGCUGAUAUAUUCAAUGUCUUAGUUUGACGAACAUUUUAAAUUUAGUUCGUAUUAAAAAUCGGAAAGUAGGCUUAGCGACUUGUCUAUUACUUGAAAUAAUUACGAGUUACGGAUUAUGUGCGGAUUUCCUUAUAAGCAGCAAUAUAGCUUUUAAUCGUAAUCUUAAAGAAACGUUCCGUUGCAUUUUGCCAAUUUAUGUUGAUGUUUCACUUAAGUAAGAAGUUACCAAUAAUUUGCAUGCGGGCUGGUUGUUCUCUAGGCCCAAAAAACUUUCCGCAGAUGUCGUUUUAGGCUCAACCGCAGUUGAUUAGAUGCAGGUUGUAAUUCCGGAGGGGUGAAAUGGGAGCGAGUGAACAAAUAUUGGACCAGGAGGGGUAAUAUAAGAGCAAGUGAACAAAUAUUGUUUUUAAAUUCUAAAUUUAGAUUUUAAUUCUAUAUUUAUCAUAUACUUUGAAAAUGAUCAAGUUAUCGGACUGUAUCGACCUUGAAUAUGCGAACCACCAUUCCAAGAAUUCCAUCCUGCUUAAACAUUAAGUAAUGAUAUUAAUCGACUGAACAAUUAAUUGCGAUCUGUUGAAUUGUUUGCCUGCAGCCACAUCAGAGCCUGAUGAGAUUUAAGAUCAAUUAUCAGGCGAGCUUUUGUCCUGGGAAGAGUUUUGGCUCUUUAUGUUCAGAUUUCUCCGUUUUGUUCUUUGCUUUCUUCGUAGUUUUAUAUGACCGCUUACUGCAGCACCAUGCGACCCCCCAGGUCAUCCUCCUGCAGUCUCAUGGCCACGACUCACGCCACGUACGUGUUAGAAUAAUAACAUUGAUUAAUUGUUGAAAAUUUUUGUCUAGAAGCCUUACACUAUACCUCGCUCGCAAUCAACGUCUCUCGAAUAGGAACAAUAAACUUUUUAUUGUUGAAUUUCAGUGAAGAAACAGGCCUAUUAAAUGAACACAAUUAUUAUUUAAAUUAAUUCAUUAUUCGAAUUUAAUUUUAUCUGUCCUAUGAGAAGCUCGCCACAAGCAGGUCAGCGUGUCUUGUGCACUUUUCUUUACCCAUAGGAAAUGAAUAAAAAUUUGUACCUGUAAUCGAGUAAAGGUUAUUGAAUACUCGUCGCAGCCUCUUAAUACAGAUUGUACGCAAAUUUUGAAAAUUUGAGUCAUAGGCGAAUAUUUAUAUAUACACGAAAGUUACGAAGAGCCAUUACUAGUUUCAUACUGGUUCCGUCUAAUCAAAAUCGUAGUCCUUGUCGUGACAUCCGUAAUAAAUUCGUUUAAAUGCGCUCCUACUGAAUUGUUGCCAUUGAACCGUUGCCAAUGAGCCCGAUGCCACUGUUACUCUGCCCCUGAACCCGUUGCCACUGAACCCAUGGCCACUGUACCUUUGUAACUGAGCCCGUUGCCACUGAACCCGUUGCCACUAUACCCUUGUAAAUGAGCCCGUUGCCACUGACCCCAUGGCCACUGUACCUUUGUAACUGAGCCUGUUGCCACUGAACCCAUGGCCACUGACCCUAUGGCCACUGUACCACUGCCGCUGAACAAGCUAUGGCAAGCAAAGAUGUCGAUGAGAAAAUUCGUCGUGAUAUAAAAUUUUACAUAUCUUGAAUGUUCAUACAGAUUCCGUAUAAUGAAGAAUUCAAAACCAUUGAUUAGUAAGCGUACGAGGAAAAGAAAUGUGCAUAAUUAUUGAUGGAAGAAAUUGUUGUUCUCGUCAGCUGAAUGAACGUAAUUAACGAGAAGUUAUAAUGAAGAUUUACUACUUAUAGAAGUGCGGCGGUCAUAACUGCAGAUAAGGGAAAUGACAUAUACAAGGAGAGGAACAUUCUGACUUGUUUGCCUUCAGCCUGUACGAAUUGAAGCCGUAGAAAGCGUAUACGCAGUCGGAGGAGUG